AUGGCGACCUCUCUUGCGGCGCAGUUGGCCCAGGUCGCUGCCAAAUCCAAGGCAACACUCAACGUCAAGGCGCAAAAGGCCGCUCACUCCAAGUCUCUCAUCUGGGAGGCCCGAGUGGCUGCUACCCAAAGUUUUCAAACCCUCUUCGCGACAUGCUAUCCUGGAUUCGAAGAGCUUUGCCAACUAGACGCCCGCUUCACGCCAUUUCAAUCCACCAUAUUCAGCGACGAAAGCCAGGACCAGGACCGCACCCAGCUCACCGCUGCCGAGAACGAGGAGCUCGACCGCCAGGUCGAGGCCUUUCUGCGCUUGGCAGGCUGUCGCUUGAGGCUCAUGCCUGCCAUCAAAGCCAUCGAAUGGUUGAUACGUCGCUUCCGUAUCCACGAAGAAAAUACCGCGCUCCUUUUGAUGACAUUCCUUCCUUAUCAUUCCAUUCCUACUUUCGCCACUCUACUAUCAAUUCUUCCCGCCAAGCUUCCUCACCAACUACGAUUCCUCGACCCCUACGCCAAGUCGCUCACGUCCCCGCCGAGAUCAGUCCUCGUCCAUGAAGCUAUUCAGCACCCCGAAUUCCUUACAUCCCUUUCGGAAUACACUCUUGAGUCAUGUCGAAGGCGCUGCCAGUAUCCGGCUCUCGUCUCCUUCUGGGGUGGCAUCAUGACCGAGGCCGUGAAUGGAAUAGUCGACAGGUCCCGAUCCGGACGAGCAGCCGUCCAGAGCGAGAAUACCCAAGCCGUCCUGCACCGGGUUGGCCCCAUAUUUGCCGAAUCGUUGAUCAUGAAGAAGGUCCCAAGUCUUCAGAUUGCGUCGUACAUGGCGCUGGCCGUUUUUGUCUCCAAGGCGAGCCUGGACGACGUCGCCGUCACCGCCUUCAUGCAGCAGACUGCCCAUGGUUGGACCAAUGAAACCGUAAAACCCGGCCUUGUUUGCCUUGCAAUCAUGGCGCAGUUCAAAUCUGCAAAGCAAAUGAACAGCAAAGUGACAAAGGCCCUAAUGAAGCUCGCCGACAUCGGCCCGCUUCUUGUUGAGAUUGGCCACGAGAGGCGAGUCGACAAGCUUGCCAACGGUUUCUGCCUGGCUCUUAUCGAGAGGUUCUCCAAGAAGGGCGAUUCGCGCGGCCUUUCGACAAUCAUGGCCAUCUUGAGCAGCCAGAUCUUGAAGGAGAAGCAGAUAGCCGUCAUCUUCAAAUCUCUACUUCUCAAGGCCUUGAAUCUCAACGAUAGCAACGACGAAGAUGGAAAACUCCGGAGAGACCUCGGUUCCGCCUUGAUUGCCUUGUCCCAGACGACGGGGAAAUCUGGCGACAUCUUCCAGUCUGUCAUCGAGGAAGUCGACUUCGACAUCGAGGAGUUGGAGGCAAAGUUGGAUCUUUCCUUCCGCACCAGAAAGCUUCCGGCCUCUGCUGCCGAGCCAAGUGGUGAAUCCGAAAUGGCCCUCGAGCGUAUCCACCCACAGGACCUGGAAGCCGCCGUGGACGAUAUGUCCGCCCGGAAAGAAUCCAUGCCGACCUGUUUGCAGCCGCAGCCAAACGAGAUAUUCGAUGAGUUUAGCCACCUCUUCUUCACUAUCGUCUCGGAGCAGUCGCAGAACGCCGCCGCCCUCGCCAAGUUUGAUGAAUGCCCCAAGCUCCGGCGUCAAACGGCCUUCAACGAUUGCACCUACUGCAGCUUUUUCAUUCGCAUUUGGUGCGGUCCUUAUCCGGCACUGGCGCGCGCGGCCGCCCUGAACAUGGUCAAGAACAGGCUCAAGGCCUUUGACGAUGCCAAGGUAGACGUGCAAGCCCUCAUUCCGUACUGCGUUGCCGCGCUCGGCGACCCGUCCAAACGAGUGCGUCAGGCAGCAGCCGACUUGCUCGCGGUCCUGACAACCCAAUUCGCCCUGCCACUCUCUCCAAACUCGAUGAAGGUCUGGGGCGAAGGGUUGUUGUACGGCAAGUCGAAAGACAAAACCGCUUUCAAGGCCGAUGUCGCGGCCAAGCUGCUCCAUCUGCAGCUACUCCCGAGCAUCGAAGAGUGCGUCCUUGAUCCCGAGCACAUCUCAUCUCUCAUACAGUCCAGCAUCGAGCAGGGCAAAUAUCUCGUCCCGCCGCAGCAGGCCCUGGACAAGAAAGACCACAUGAGCCAAUCGGCGCGACUGAGCGUCCUGUCAUUUUUUGCCUCCCAUGCUGCCUCGACGCCUUUUGUCCUCGUCAAAGAGAGACUGCUCAAGGCUCUCAAUGAAGUGCGUGGCGUGGGCAGCACGACAAGAACGACAUUGCUGCUGCCUGUGCUCAAGUGGUGGGUCAACUUGACGGAUGACGAGACGAAGAAAGCUAGCAGCGACGAGCGACUUGAUCGAGCUGAACUGGAUGCACGAUUUGUGGACGUUGUUGCAUCCAACGACACCCCCGGCUUGGAGUUUCUCUUUGAAGUUCUGAAAGACCCUUCUCAAGCAGACAAGCCAGACCUCGUUCGAGCCAUCAUUGGCCGAGUCAGAAAGAUGUGGCCCUCUAUGAAGGACGAGGCCAAGCUGAUGGCUGCCGAGCAGCUUUUAGAGGUGUCGCAGGCAUCUCCAGCUAGCGACGUCGACUCCAUCGUUUCAGGCGAAGCGGCCGAUGUGCUGCGAGCCGUCCCCCUCACUACGGACAUUCUCUCCUACUUUCUCAAUUCCAUCCAGACCGGCACGAAGAUGAUCACGGAGCCACCGCCGAACAAGCGACGACGCACGAGCUCGUCGGAUGGAAACCGAGGCCUGAUCACCCAGGUCACUCCCGAGCUGAGCCAAGCUUUGAGCAAGGUCACUUUUGUGCUGCAGCUUGUCGAGAAUUCGGACCCGGUGUCGCACCCAGAGCUGUUGGACGGGCUGUUCACCGCCUUGUCCGAGCUUCAACACUUUAGGACGGUAGUUGGCUCGGAGCUGGGCUAUCUCCAAAACUUGAUCCUGCGAAGCCUCUUGGCCAUGAUGCCGGCCUAUCGGGCGAACAAGGAUCUGAAAAUCGACAGCUCCGGCGGCUAUGGUGACCUGCUCGUCAACUGCAUCCAAAAGUCAUCGAGUCCCGUGGUUCAGAAUGCUGCGCUCCUGCUGGUUGCCAAUCUCGCCACGACUGCGCCGAACUUGGUCUUGCACAGCGUCAUGCCAAUCUUUACCUUUAUGGGCACGUCGGUGCUGCGGCAGAGCGACGACUAUUCUGCCCACGUCGUGUCGCAGACCAUCAAGGAAGUCAUCCCGCCCCUGAUUGAGUCUUUACGAAAAGGUCGAAAGAGCCCCUUGGCGAGCGCGUGCGACAUUCUCGUCAGCUUUACGACCGCAUACGAGCACAUCCCGGUACAUAGAAGGCAGGGGCUAUUUGCGGCACUGGUGGAGACCCUAGGCCCGCAGGAGUUCCUCUUUGCCUUGAUCAGCAUGCUGGUAGACCGCUACGACACCAGCGAUGCUCUGCUGCAUUUUGUCAUCGAUCUUCUCAACAACUUCAGCAUCGAGACGCAGCUGGAGUGCUUCGUGAAGCUUCUAGAUCUCGUUUCUGAUCUGUUCAAGCCGAAGCCCGAGAUUUCGUUCAUCAUCCUUCGUAGUCACGAAGAUGCCGAGGACAAGGAUGUGGAGCAGAUGGCCCUGCGUCAACUGUCAGCUCUCCCGAGCCUCUUGGAGAAUAAGAAGCUCAAGAGCCACAUCGGAAAGCUGGCGGGCCGAGAGGACGCGGAGGCCGCCGGUGUUCGUGAGCUGUACGCAGCGCUGCUGGAGAAUGUUUUGCUGUUGGCGGAUGAGGUCAAGGCAAACAAGACACUGCAUGGACGAUGCGGUUCUGUGCUGUCGAACCUGCUGAACCUGCUCUCGACAGGAGACUUUAUCAAAGCUGUCGAGAGCUUGCUUGGGCGCGAAGACAUGGGACUUCGGCAAAAGGUCCUCCGGGCCCUGGAAGUGCGUGUCGAAACGGAAAGCAACACCGACACGGCGUCCAGGAAGGCUCUGUUGGCGUUCCUGCCACAACUGACUGCGGCGAUCAGGGAGUCGAGCGACAUUCGUUACAAGCACACGGCCGUCACCUGCGUGGACAAGAUCGCGGAAAAAUACGGCAAGAAGGACAUCGAGGCUGUUGUUGCGGCUGCGACGAUUGUCGCUGGGGAGCACAGCCUCGGGCACGCCGAUCAAAGGCUGCAGGUCAUGGCUCUGCUCUGCCUUACAUCUCUCGUCGACGUGCUGCAGGACGCGAUUGUGCCCGUGCUGCCGCUUGCCAUCCCGCAGGCGGUUGCUUAUCUCGGCGAGAGCUUGGAUGGCGAGUCCCCGGACGAAGAGCUCCACAGCGCUUGCUAUGGAUUCAUCAGCUCUCUGGCAGAGCACCUGCCGUAUAUGCUGUCGACGUAUACUGACCGCAUCCUGGAAGUGUCCAACAAGUCGGCAGAGAGCGGCUUCGACGACGAAACCAACGAGAGCCGAACUGGCUGCCUCCGAUUCCUCGCUCGAAAGCUGGAUGCGAAGGACUUUUUUACAAGCUUGGACAAGAAUUGGGACAAGGCGUUGGCCGCAGGUUUCACGGCCAUGUUCGAGCACAUUGAGACGCUGAGUGUGGCGAUCGACAAGCACACCAAGUCAGCAAUCACGAAGAACACGGCGAUGCUGUCCAGCAUCAUACUGAAGGUGUUGAACACGCGGCGUCGCGUUCGGAUGGCGGACAACCUCAACGAGACGACCAGCCGGCAAGUGGCGAAGGUCGAGGCGGCCGUAAACGGGACUGCGCUGCGGAUGAUCUACAAGCUCAACGAUGCGGCCUUCCGGCCGAUAUUUGGGCAGAUGAUCGAGUGGACGACGACUGGUCUGCCGAAGAGCGACAAGGCAGGACGAGCUCUCCGGCAGUACAGCGUCUACGGUUUCUUGCAAGCGUUCUUCGGGCAGCUCAAGUCGAUCGUGACCAACUACGCGACCUACGUCGUCGACGACGCCGUCAAGAUCCUCGGCGCCGCCGAUGUCAAGGUUGCCGAGGAGCGCGAGCUCUGGAGACGGGUGCUCGGGACGUUGGCGACGUGCUUCGAGCACGACCAGGACGACUUUUGGCAGUCGCCGUCUCACUUUGGCGCAAUGGCGCCGGUGCUGACGGCGCAGUUCAUGCACGCAGGGACGAUGGAUGUCGUCGAGGACCUGGUGCCAGCGAUAGUCGGGUUGGCGGCGGCAGCCGACUCGCAGGCGCAUCAAAAGGAGCUCAACUCGGCGCUCAUGCAGCACCUCAAGUCGGAGAAGGCGGCGGUGCGGCUCGCGGCUGUGAAGUGCGAGCAGGCGCUGACGGACCGGCUAGGCGAGGAGUGGCUGUCGAUGCUGCACGAGAUGCUGCCGCGCAUCAGCGAGCUGCAGGAAGACGACGACGAGGUGGUCGAGAGGGAGACGCACCGAUGGAUCGUGAAGAUUGAAGGAGUGCUGGGCGAGAGCCUGGACGCCAUGCUGCAGUAG